CUUGACUUGGUAGGAUAUUGAACUCGGUGUCCCAGCUUUUUUUGCUCUUCAAAGUUCAAGACAGCCGUAACAACGAAGCCCGUCUGUGUGGCUGCUCAUCUUAUAGUGCCCCCGUAUGGACGAUGAGGAGGAUGAUUUGGUGUUUGGGCCAGUCCCCCACUGCUGGCGCACCACAUUCAGGGAGAUAAAGUGUGAAGACCGGGGCACACAGACACCUGGCCCUGUCCUGGCAUCGACCAACGGCAUGCUGCCCUGUGGAGUUGCAGAGGAGCCCAGACCACUCUUCUACGGCAACGCAGGUUUUCGAUUGCACUUCCCAGCACACUUUGAGCUUGUUGGGGAUCAGGAAGCGAGGCAACGGGAGAGUGCAGAGGAGCAAAACGGGAUGGAGCGGCGACCCCAGCAACAACCUGUGGCGCGCAGCAUGGAGGCCUGCAUUGGCCAGAAACUCCAGCUAAUAGGAGACCAGUUUCAUCGGGAACAUCUACAACUGUAUCAUCGAAACCAAAGGAACCAGGGGCCGCUGUGGUGGCGCCUGGCCACAGCUCUGCUCAGCCUUCUGUUUGACAGGGGCUUUAUUGCUGGAGGAGGUGGAGCAGGACGGAGGUGAGGGGGGUCUUCUCCUCAUGUCCGUUUUCAUCAUCUCCUAGAAACUGGACUCCUAAUGGCACUGUCAAAUCUAUCACGGGUCUGUUGUGGGAGAAAAAGAAAGGAGAAGCAAAAGGUCACCGCAGGACGGAGACAACCAACUUUUAUACAA